GAUUCAAAUGUGAUAUUGUGUGUGUGUAAGAUUCAGUCACCAGAUUAACAGGGGUUAAUCCUGUGCAGAAAAGCAAGGCACGCAAUUUUUUCCAAACAGCAAAGGAUCCAGGUGUAGUGAUGUUCAGCUGCUUUAUGCACGACUGCCUGACCCACCUCAGCAACCUGUCUGCAUCCAUGCAACAGCCAUCUCUAACAGUGGCAGAGGUUCAGACCAGUCUGAUAGCCACACAGGCUGUCUUAACUAAACACAAGAACAGACCUGGACCCAGGCUUAGGGCAUGCCUGGAAAAUCCAGCAGACACCUUUGAGGGUGUUACCUUGGCAGCACCCAGAGAUGACCUCUCCCUGGCUCGUGUGAACUCCACAAAGGACAAGCUGAUAGACAAAUUUUGCAGCAGUAUGGCGACACGAUUUUGUGAUUUCAGCUCUGGAGUACUACAUGCUUCCAAACUGGUGGAUAUCACGAGCUGGCCUGAUGCAGAUACAUGUGAAGAUUUUGGAGAUGCAUAUGUGGAGUGUCUUAUAAGCACUUUGGUCCACUAUUGGCCUCCUCUGGGCCGAUUUGGAUCUGAUUCCAGACCAGUAGACAUUCCUCAAGAGCAGUUUGUACCAGCAGCAUCCGAACAUGGACCAGUUGACUUGGCCAGAGAUAAAUCAGAGACUGCCAGCGUCAGAGCGAGGAUGCCAGAUUUCAUGGAAAGAGGAGCCAAGAAGAGAAAGACCCAACUUGAAGAUGAGAAGGAGACGUCUGAGGAGGAAGAUGAUGACUCUGAAGAAGACUAA